AUGAAGACUAAGUAUGUUCCUACGGCAACUGAUGAUGAUAUCGCCGCAGAUGAUUUGGAACUACCAGAUAUGAUAAUGAAUAAUCAACAGCGUCAACCGAUAUAUCGAAAACUUGAAAAAGAUCAUCAAUCAUUACAACAAUCAUCGCGGAAACGAACUUUUCGUUCAAAACCAAUUCGAACUAUAAGUAUUAUUAUAUUAUUGAUUUCUAUGAUCAGUGCUGGUAUUAUUGGAUAUAUUCAUUACAAUACAUCAAAUACAACUGAAACACUCGUUAACGAAAAUCAAGAUGAAAGUGAACGAAUUCCUCAAUUACGAUCAUAUUCAAAUGACGAUGAUUCUGAUUAUCCUGAAAUUGUUGGUCAAAUUCAUAUUUAUUUUCGUCGAUCACCUGAUUCGUUUUAUCGACGAUCAUUUGAAAAACUUACUAUUCCUGUUGCAAGAUACAAUCGUCGACAUUUUCCUUUAAAAGGCCCAUUUAUUAGUUUAAUGCCACGGAUGCCAAUAUUUGCUGAUCGAUACAAUAAACAAACAAUAAUCUACUCGAAAAGAAGUUCAACCUUAAUUUAUGUUUUACCAGCAUUAAAUGAUAAACAUGGAAAACGUUUUUCAAUUGCAGAAUUAAUUAAAUCAGGUCAUAUUAGUUUAUCAAAUACUGGUAUACAACUAAAAUCAGAUAUGGAUAUGUCAACAUACUUUCGAUCAGAAUCUUUAAAAGGUUCAAAUAUUCCACGAAUUAAUUCUCGUACAGGUGGUUUCAUGGAUGGUUAUCAUACUAAUUAUGAAUCAUUAUCAGUACCAACUUAUGAUGAAGUUACAGUUGAUAGUAAUGAAAUGUUUGGCUCAGAAGAGAAAAGUGAAGAGAAGAGUGAAGAAAAAAAUGAAGAUGAUAAAGAGGAAUACAAGAAUAAUAAAAAUGAUCAAGAUUCUUCUAAUCAAUAUGAAAAUGAUGAAAAAUCACGAUCACCUCGACGUCGAUAUCCUGCACGUCGACGUCCACGACCUACACGACGACCACAAACUUAUAAAACAAAAACAACAACAACAACAAGAAAAUCAAAAACAACAACUGAAUCGGAAUCAAAAACAAAAAAACCUAACGGAAAAAUUAUUGAUAAUGUUGCAUAUUUUCAAGGAUCAAAUUCGAAAAAUCAAUUAGGUGGAUCAAAAGGAAAAGCAGUAACAUAUAAUAGUAUUGAUGGUUUAAAUGAAUACACAACAUUUCCUAAUGGAACAUUACAAACUGAAAAAACUGGUAUUUAUUUUUCAAUGUUUGCUGCACAAAUUGGUAGUCCAAAUCGAAAUGGUAAAGGAGAAGUUCAUAUUUGGACGGAAAAAGAUGGUAAAAAUGAACAGAAUUCAAAUAGUAUUCAAACAGUUAAUCGUGGAACUACAUCAGUUCUUGUUUAUUCAUCAGUUUUUCAAGCUUCAACUGAUCAAACACUUGUACUUUUAUAUUCAGUUUCAACAACAAAUAAAUGUACAUCGUUAGGUUUAAUUGCAACAGAACCAGAACAUGAAUCAGUUGUUCCAAGUAUUAUAACAACAAUUAUACAAAUUAGUGAUGGUAUUAAUACCAUUCCAUAUGCUGAAUUAUUUAGUUCAAAAACUCAAUUGGCAAAUUCAAAUUCUGAUGUUAUUAUAUUCGAUAGUUUCAGUGCAAAUAAUAAAAUUAAUACAAAAAAUACAAAACAUAAUGGAAAUAUUGAAUAUAAUGAAGAAGGGAUUUAUUUUAUUAUUGCUUGUGCUCAAGUUGGUAGUGAAAUUGAUAGUCAUGCAUCAGGUGAUGUUCAUUUAUGGAUGAAACUUAAUGACAAAGAUAUGUCAAAUAGUAAUACAAUUCAAACUAUUCAUAGUGGUAGUACUGCCGUAUUAGUUAGUCAAACAAUUAUUAAACUGAAAUCAAAUGAUAAAGUUCAAAUUGCAUUUUCAUCUACAAAUAAAAAAUUAGGUGUUAUUGCUUCACAACCAAAGAAUGAACCAGCUGUACCAAGUAUUAUAGUAUCAACAUUUCGAUUACGUCAUCAAGGUGAUGCAAUUCCAUAUGCACAAUUAUCAAGUUCAAAAACACAAUGGGGUUGUAAGAAAUCUCAAGGAAUUGAAAUUGAUAUGGAUGAUGGUUUACAACGUAUUAGAAAUAAAAAUGGAGUUAUUAAAUUUAGAGAAGCAGGAACUUAUUUUGUUAUUGCUGCUGUUCAAGUUGCAAGUGAAGAUAAUAAUGGUAUUGGUGAUCUUCAUUUAUGGAUGAAAUUAAAUGGAAAUGAUAUACCUAAUUCAAAUACUAUUCAAUCGAUAAAUAAAGAUACUGGUGUAUUAGUUUGUCAGUCUGCUAUUGAAAUUAAAGUCGGUGAUAAACUUCAAAUGGUUUAUUCUACUGAUGUUGCACACGGUAAAAUUGGUUUAGUUGCUACUCAACCUCAUAAUGAACCAUUGGUACCCAGUAUUAUCAUGAGUAUUAUGAAAUCAAGUUAUGCAGAAGAUAAUUAUGAUUGA